GAUUAGUUCUGUGAAAGUCGUUAAAGAUACUUGUUGUGAAUUUGUUUGCAGUGGCAUAUUUGAAAAAUUAUCUUUGAUUUUUGCAAAGCUACGUUACAUUUAAAUUAGACAAUAUGCAGAUCUUUGUAAAGACUCUGACGGGUAAAACCAUAACCCUCGAGGUUGAAGCCUCUGAUACUAUUGAAAACGUCAAAGCAAAAAUCCAGGAUAAAGAGGGUAUCCCCCCAGAUCAACAAAGAUUGAUCUUUGCUGGAAAACAACUUGAAGACGGGCGUACAUUGUCUGACUACAAUAUCCAAAAAGAAUCCACUUUGCAUUUAGUACUUAGACUGAGAGGAGGAAUGCAGAUUUUUGUAAAGACUCUUACUGGUAAAACCAUCACUCUAGAAGUUGAGGCAUCCGAUACUAUUGAAAAUGUAAAAGCAAAAAUUCAAGAUAAGGAAGGAAUCCCUCCAGAUCAACAAAGAUUGAUUUUUGCUGGUAAACAAUUAGAAGAUGGACGUACAUUGUCUGACUACAACAUUCAAAAAGAAUCCACUUUACAUUUAGUACUUCGUCUUCGAGGUGGUAUGCAAAUUUUUGUUAAGACUUUGACAGGAAAAACUAUUACUUUGGAGGUGGAAGCAUCAGAUACUAUUGAAAAUGUAAAAGCAAAAAUUCAAGAUAAAGAAGGAAUCCCUCCAGAUCAACAAAGAUUGAUCUUUGCUGGUAAGCAACUAGAGGAUGGGCGUACACUUUCAGACUACAACAUUCAGAAGGAGUCCACUCUCCACCUUGUACUCAGACUGCGUGGUGGUAUGCAAAUUUUUGUUAAAACAUUGACUGGCAAGACUAUUACUUUGGAAGUGGAAGCAUCAGACACAAUUGAAAAUGUAAAAGCAAAAAUUCAAGAUAAAGAAGGAAUCCCACCAGAUCAACAAAGUACUCUCCAUCUUGUACUCCGUCUCCGUGGUGGAAUGUAAAUCUUUGUAGUUAUUCAAGAGAUUAGGUGGGAGUUUGAUCAGAUUAGUCUUUCAUGGGAAACAAUUAGAAAAUAGUCAUACUCUUUCGGAUUAUGAUACUCAAGAAGAAUCUCUACUAUUUCUUUACAAGGAUGCUGAAUUGUAUCUACUAUACCACCAUUUAAAAUAUACAAGCCAUAAUUUCAAA